UCACGCAAAACACGCGAGACAAUUUCUCUACGCGGCCGCUAAAAUGGCGUCACCGGUCUGGCAGUUCUACCGGGUGUUUGAAAAAGACAUGAAACUUGCAGUUUGCAUGGUGUGCUUAAGGAAAAUCCCUCGUGGAGGAACGCGAGCGAAGAACUUCAACACCACGAACCUCAUCAGACAUUUGAAGGUUAGUCACAUCGCGGAAUAUGAGGAGUUUUCUAAGAUGGCGAGGACUAAAGCGGAGAGGGAGCGCGAGCGUUUAGCAACUCCGCAGCUGUCAGUCACGGAGACCCUGCACCCCCACAGCAAGAACCCCAAAGAAAUAUCCGCCAAAAUUAUGGAAUUCAUCUGCCGGGACCACCAGCCGCUGUCUAUUGUUGAAGGGGAAGGUUUUAGAGAACUAAUAUCCGACUUGGAGCCACGCUACACUCUCCCGGGGCGUAAAUAUUUCACUGACGUGUGCCUGCCGCAGUUAUACCAGUCCGUGUACACCCACGUGCACAGCCUAAUGAAGCACGACAUCACAACAAUGAGUUUCACAGGGGACAUCUGUUGUUCCAGUGUAUGCCCCAUGUCCAUGUUGAGCCUAACUGCCAGGUUUAUUGACCCGAGCUUCGCGCUGCACGACGUUGUUCUCCACUCUCGAGAGUGUUCAGGCUCUCCCACAGCGGAGGCUCUCCCUGCUGCGUUCAGGGACAUGCUCCGCGCAUGGGGAAUCCCGAAGGAAAAAGUGCACGUUAUUCUCAGGGCUGAUGACAGGGACAUGGAAAAGGCCUUGAGGGAUGAGGAUUUACCCAGCCUGCCUUGCAUGGCGCAUACACUCCAGCUCGCUGUGUCCGAGGAGUUUUUAUCACAGCGCAGCAUCACUGAUAUAAUAACCUCUGGUAGAUGCAUUGUCAGUCAUUUCAAACACUCCCAGCUGGCUUACUCCAGACUUGAAAGUAUUCAGAAACAGCUGGACCAGCCUAUGAAAAGGCUGCAGCAGGAUGUGCCCACCAGGUGGAACAGUACUUUAUAUAUGCUCCAGAGUCUACUGGAACACAAACGUGCCCUGUGUGCUUAUGGAGCUGACUACGACUUGCCUUCCAUGUUCACCGGCAGCCAGUGGAAAUUGGUGGAAAAUGUGAUUUCCCUGCUCGCCCCCUUCGAAGAGCUCAGGCAACAGAUCAGCUCACCGACGGCAUCGGCUGCAGAUGUUAUACCCUCCAUCAGAGCUUUAACUCGCCUCCUCGAGAAAACGGAAGAGACUGACCAUGAUGUGAAAACAUUGAAAGCCACGUUGUUGGAAGCGGUCCAGAAGAAAUUCAGUGACCUUGAAUCUGAGCGCCUGUAUACCAUCGCUGCUGUCCUCGAUCCGAGGUACAAAGACAGAUAUUUCACCAACACACUGAAGCAACAGAUACGUGGGCUGCUGUGUGACGUCCUGUCCUCCGGACUGAAGCGGGAGCAUUGUGAGGAGAGUUUGACAGCGUGCAGCUUCGAGCCCCCAGAGAAAGUUCCACGAGCCGGCUCUUUGCAUGCUAUGUAUGCUGAGCUGUUGGAUGAAAAUGGAAGACAAGGUGGCGGCGACGGCAACCCAACAUCCUCGGAGAUGAACCUCUACUUAUCGGAGCCGGUUAUCCCGCGAAGUGAACACCCGCUUGUUUUUUGGCAGGACAAUAAAAGCCGCUUUCCCGUCCUCGCACAAGCGGCACGAGCCUACCUCUGUGCACCGUGCACAAGCGAGGACAGCGAGCAACUUUUCAGCACAGCGGCGAACAUUGUAGACGACGAGAGGAACAAGCUGACUGCCGAAAAUGCAGAGAUGCUUAUAUUUAUAAAGAAAAAUAUGUCGUUGAUGCUUAACAAGUAAUCUUGGAGAGAUGAGUCGCACUGAUAUCUGAUCCUCUCUGCGCCUCUGUUUCCUGUUGAGAAGGAGACCGCGGGCGAUAAAGAGCAGAGAGCACUUCAUCGCCCUUCAACACCUUCAACUCUCAGAGGCAGAGAAACAACAAGCACUGAAACUGUAUUUAUGCUUUAGCCUGUUUUUGUUUUUAUUCAGAUUUUAUAUAUUUUAUUCCACAGGAAAGAUAUAUUUGUUGAACUCUAAGCUGCUCUUCGUGCCGUCUUAAGUAAUUGACAAGUGUUGGAGUCUAAAGAUGUUAUUGUGUUAUAUAAAUGUAAUUCAUGAGGCUGUAAGAGUUUAGUUUCUCUAAUCCUCAGGUUACUGUUGAUCAUAAAAACAAAACACUUAUGAAAUAAUGUACAUCUGACAGGAGACACGAUUUCAGAUAAUAAAUAAUAUAUAAAUGAUAUAAGUGUG